AUGCUUUCGAUUGUCAUAAUAUUUCGUUCCGCCGGAAUAUUUAGUUCACUUUCGUUUCACUACUUGACUGAGAAACAAGCUCCAGAGCACAACCUAAUUCAGAAAUGGCAGAGAAUUCGGACGCGGAAGCAGAGUCAACUGGAGGAGGGUUCGCAGUCCUCAGAUUCCAAGGAAGAAUUCCAGCGCCUCGAGGAGCAUGUAAAGGCCAUGGAAAGACGGAUUGCGCAGGACAGGGAAAAGAGAAGGAAUUUAUUCAUUCGCUUCAUGAAUUUAUUCCUCGAUUUAUUAGAAGCACGGGUAUAUUCGCAGAACAUAUAGUAUUUGCGAUUUCUGUUAACCUAUUCCCAAAAUACCAAUGUACUAUCAAAUGGUAUAAGUGUUGACGCAUAAAUAUAUCAUAAGCAUCCCGGAUA